CUGUGGAUUAUUCCUCACAAUGCCAGUCCCAGUUGAUAAUCCAAAGUCCUGCGAAACCAAGCGAACAUCACGCAUCGAAAGCGAAGAGCAAGCGGGAAAAAACAAGAGACAAGAUCGAGCCAAGUCGAAGAAGGGGAAAUCCGAGCAGCCCUCAAUCACUUCUACUUCCAACCUGCCACCGUGCGACUUAUGCAUCGAUGAAUGGUGGCGUCGGGUGAAAGAGUUCAACGUGGCAAAAAAGUACAAGAAUGAUGUUAUUCACUGCCCUUCUGAUCAUGCCACCUCAACGGAAGCAUACAAAGGUUGGCGGGAAUGGCUUAAUCACAUUACUCCUGCGCGUGAAUCGAUCCUAAGGCAUGGACAAGACGUUGCGGGUCUCGCGGAUGUGCAUCAUCGUUUUGAUGGCCAAGAGCCCUUCGUGAUCCGAGAUAUAUUCCGAGCGAGGGAAGAUAUCGAGUGGUUCGAAAUAUCAACUAUAUUGAGGGACUUAUUUUCCCCAAGUCGCUUGUUCGUGGGUUUCGAGCAACUGGAGUCACCGUGGCUGGGUACAUUCGAUAUGCAAGUCCGAGCGGUAUCUCCAAUCGCAUUGAUUACCAUAGCCUUGAACAAUUGGGCUGUACUGAACGAAGAACCAUAUGAAUUCAGCUGGUCGCCGGCACCCCAGUUUGGAGGUACAGCUACUUUGUAUGUGGCCCUCACCGUGCGAUCGAACAUAGCGGCCGCCAAAUGGCGAAAUAGCACACCAGCACAGCGCUUGAAAAUGUGCUCAGUAUGGGAGACUACAAUUCCGGAACGUGCAAUGGUAGUUGGGAUGCCGUUUGCCCUUUCCAAGCUAAGAUUCUCCGAGCGCCGACAAAUACAAUGGAGCUCACUCUCGUUGAGUAACAAGUAUUCUGGUUUAGCCUGCCUAUUGGCAACUUCCAUUGGGUCUGAUGGAGAGGAUGUGUUAUGUCUUGCAGAGUCAGAAGGACAAACGGCAGCGAGCCCAUUUUUACACCGCAAGCGCGCUAGUCUAACAGUCGCUGACACCAGUGCUGCGUUGUUCCGAGCACUUGUGGCCUUCUUCUCUCGCCAAUCUGACGACCUUAAAGAAUGGGAAUCGCUCAGUCAAGAGCGAUUGAUGCAGUCAUGCUACACACUAAGCCCACGGCAGCCCUCAAAGCAAAUACGCUGAAGAAAAGGCGUGAGAUGCGUGGCCUGCCAACCGAUUAAGACAUGUCUAGUCUCACCUGGAGGGCUUGCGUAUCAAGGGUCCCAUAUCGUAACAUGACAGCAGUUUACCCUUGAAGGGCCUCGGUGGCAACUUUCGUUGCUAGCGAUGGAUUAUUGUAGCUUAUGAUACAAGUAUAAAUGCAUCAAUCUCUCGCGAUAUUCCAUCGCAUCGUCUCUACUCUUUGUGCAGUUUCCGGUUCAGUACAGUCUUCUAU